AUGACUCUCCUACUUCAAAAAUGUAUCAGAGUAGAACUGCGGAAAGAUCCAAUAUUUAACGCUUCUUCUUCACUCGAAAUAUUUCUGUCAGUUUUAGAAUCUGUUAUAUAUCCCUUUAAAGGAAACUUGAUACUUCUAGAUUUUCAUCUUGUCGAUGUUCAAACAACGUGUUAUCAGAGAAACAGCUCUAUGAGAAAUCAGCUGAUGUCAGUAUUCUGUCAGUCACUUCGUGAAUUUACAUUGACUGCUCUUUCGUGCAAUUCAUACUGUAUUAUUAUAGUUGCAACUAGAUGGCAAAAAAUUGAUAAUGCCCUAAAAAUGACAGGCCGGUAA